CGUCAACCAAGGAUUUCCUCCCCAAUAUUCGGUUCAGCUUUUGAAUCGCUUGGACCCAGCCACAUGUAAACUUGCCUACUACACAAGUUUCAACGUAUACCCCUCUAUCAACCCUUCGGAAUGUAAGCCGCGCACUCGGAGGAACCGGUCUUGCACCCGGGUCGGUUCAUCUUGAUACCGAGGAAGAUUUCAUACCCGAACACGGAAGUUAUAAUGUCAAACAAGAUGCAUCAACUUCUCCACCAGGGCUUGCAGAAACUGUAGUAUAAUGUGAGAUAGUAUCUCCCUCAACAAAAGUGGCAGUUCAUGUUCGUUCCCUUUAUCCCCCUUAUCCAAGCCCACUUUGCGCUCAUUGAGAUUAUUGCUUCAGUUGCCAUCCAGACUUAGAAGGCAAACUUACUUCUUUCCCCUACCUCACAUCUCCUCUAAAAAACAAGUCUUGUUGCAUACAAGCCCGGAAACUACUAUGCCUCCUCCCGUUCAGGUCGCCACAAGGCGCAUCGGCGAGCCCAAAGUUGGCGAGAACGGCUACACAGGAUUCCAUCCAGGCAAAGUCGAGACUUUAAAGGCUGGCUCAAGACCAUUCGAAUCUCAAGGUGCCAAGGCUCUUGACAGCGACAUCAUCCUCGAGCAUGAUGUCGAGGUUGUUGUCCGCGAUGGGGUUCGUCUCUACAUAGACGUGUACCGUCCAGCAGGCACCACCGAAAAGGUCCCAGCUGUUCUCAGCUGGUCGUUCUACGGCAAAAAAUACUCAGCCCUCGAUAUGCUGCCCAUCACGACCUGGCACUGCUGUGUUCCCAAGGACAGGCUCAGCGGACUCGAGAAGUUCGAGGGCCUGGACCCGGCCUGGUGGUGCCCCAAGGGCUACGCCAUAGUGAGCGUCGACACCCGUGGCACUGGAAACAGCGAUGGUCAGAUCUGUGUCAUGGGCAGCCAGGAUGCCGAGGACGGUUACGACGUGGUAGAGGCCGUUGCCAAAAUGCCAUGGUGUAACGGCAACAUCGGCAUGGCUGGCAACUCUGCAUUGGCGAUUGCGCAAUGGUUCAUCGCUGCCCAACAACCCCCGUCCCUUAAGGCCAUUGCGCCUUGGGAGGGCAUGGCUGACAUGUAUCGUGAGCAGUUCUGCCGAGGUGGCUGGUUCUCCAUGAGCAACUUUGACCUUAUUGCAAAGGCAAUUGUGCGUGGACAGCCCAACUCGGGUCUUGAGGACUUUGCUGAAAUGUACCGCCGGUCACCGACGCAAAACAAAUACUGGAAGGACAAGCGGGUCGACUUGACCAAGAUCAAGUGUCCAGCUUACAUCCGCGGCUCCGACGUUAGCUCCAUCCACACCAUGGGCUGCAUCAGGGCCUGGAUGGAGAUUCCAGGAAACCAAAAAUGGAUUCACUGGAGCAGCAAACAGGAGUGGUACGAGCUGUACUGCGAGGAACAUGCUCAUGAGGAACUGCGGGACUUUUUCGACCGCUACCUCAGAGAGAUGGACAACAAAUGGGAAGAGAAGACGCCCAAGGUACGAUGGUCGGCAUUGCAGUUUGGAAACAGGGAAGCCAUCGACGACAUCGUGAUCCCGGAUUUCCCGGUGCCAAACACGGAGUACAGGGAGCUGUUCUUCCAGCCCAACGGCGGCCUGGCGACGACCACGACAGCCUCGAGUGUCAGUGUCACAUACAACUCGGAGGACCGCAAGAGCUUCGCAGAGUUCAGCUACGUCUUUCCCGAGAAGUCUCGCCUGAUCGGUCUGCCCAAGGCCGUCGUUUACGUCUCUUGCGACGCCCGUGACGACUUUACCGUCUUCGCCAUCAUCCGCAAAAAGGACAAGGAUGGAAACCCGCUCAUGCACCUCAACAUGCCCUUCAAGGCCACGCCUGUGGAACGGAUAGAGGACAUUCCCGAAAAAGACAUGGCCAGUUUGAACCUGCACCUCGGCCCCAUGGGAAUCCUCAGGGCGUCACAACGGGCCAUCGAUAGCUCCAAGAGCAUACAUCCCCAGUUCCCCUUUCACCCGCACGAGAAGCAGGAAAAGAUCAACCCUGGCACCGUCGUCAAGCUGGAGAUUGGCAUCUGGGCCAUGGGUACCGACUUUGACGCCGGCGAGCAGGUUAGCGUGAGGAUUGGUGGACAGUUCCCCAGCAUAGCCGAGUACACCUCAUUCUCUGGUCCUCGCCCAGAGCAUGAGCUCAACAGGGGAGAGCACCGAGUACAUUUUGGUGGUGAACACCCAAGUUCACUUAUUAUUCCUGUUGUUCCCUUCUCAUAGUUGUGUACCCAUAUAUAGAGAGAAGAGCAGCAAGACUUGAUAUGAAACUGAUAUUUUGA